CCGACGCUCCCGCUCCAUCGACCGUACAAUAUGAGCGUUCAUUCGGACGGUUUGAUUCAGACGAAAUGGGCGAUCAUCAUGACAUCGAACUUGGAGUGGCCAAUGUUCGGAGACCGUCCAUUUUCAGCAUAGAAUCAGGCAUUGGCAAUGAAGGUAUACAAGCAACAGAACAAACGAUGCCCCCCGUGCAUCUGAACGUUUCACAACCGUCGGUGGAAGCGAUCAUUGCAAUCAUCGCCUUGGGAUCAACAAUCAUGGUGGGCCUCUUGGGUCUUAACUUUCCAAUCAACGGUGAUGAUAGCAAGCAUAGCCCGACGGCUUUAUUCCGUCAGCAUCCGAUGUCCUUAUGCUUUUUCGUCGUGAUUGGCGUGGCAACCUUCUACUUCACAGCGAUUGGAACGAUUCUUUGCCGAUUCCGGCCCAACAUAGCCAGAACUCUCAACCUCAUUGCCUUGGUUCUUGUAGUGCUGGCUGUCACAGUAUUGUUGUGGGCCCUACUGCCUAAUAAGUUCGGGUGGGUCCCAUGGAUCUUCUUCGCAGCGACCAUCUUGGCUGCAUCAGUUGUGCAAGCAUGGGAGUGGGCCACCCAAAAAUCAACGGACAAGAUUCCUUGCUUUUAUCGUGAUCAUUUCUGGUGUCCCACUAUUCACAGUCCUAGUGUAAUUAUACGCAAUUCCUCCCAUCAACUGCUGUUGAAUUCAUGGCAGUGCUCUCCCAGACUACGUCGUGUCCGGAGUUCUAGCUUAUGAUGGUUGAUUUGUUGUCGUAGAAGUCGGUAUCUUGCAGUGAUCCUCAUCAUCCAAUUCAUCAACCGCCAUGAACGUCACAAGGGAUUAUUUGUUUAAUCAUGAAGAUCAACGCCCACAGUUCCAAGAUCAAGACUGUUAGACUGUUGCAUCUCGCGUCGAUGGCCGGUGUCUUAGAAAUCUCGUGUGAACGAAGAUCCUUGCCACUAAUCUUGGGACCUUCCUAUCCUCACACGGAUAUGAUAGAAUCUUUGAUUGAUUGGUGAUUGGUAUGUGUCAGUACUUGUAUAUAAACUGAGGAAACACUGUUUCUGCCAAGACAACAUUCCAUUGUUGUUGUAAAUUUCUGAAGAAAAAAAGCUCCAUUAGUGGGUGAGUCCCACAUGA